GCGGGAGGCUGCGGCUAGCCCUGGAAGAACUGGGGAAGGCUCGGGAAGCGGGAGGAGCGCCUGCUAAGGUGCGGCCGCCCCGGAGUCUGAGCGUGGCGGGCUAUGACUGUGAUUUCUGCGGAGUCCUCCUCCGGUCCACCGUCCCAGACGCUUUCCUGAACCGUCUCCUGGCGGAGCCGCCCUCAGCUUGGCUGAUAGAUGCUUGAAGGAAUGAUGGCUGAUAUUAACUUCAAAGAAGUGAUUUUAAUAGUCAGUGUGGUUGCCGCCUGCUACUGGAACAGCCUGUUCUGCGGGUUUGUUUUUGAUGAUGUUUCAGCAAUACUGGAUAAUAAAGACCUGCAUCCAUCUACACCUUUAAAAACUUUAUUUCAGAAUGACUUCUGGGGAACUCCUAUGUCUGAGGAGAGAAGCCACAAGUCGUACAGGCCCUUAACGGUGUUGACGUUUCGCUUAAAUUAUCUCCUCAGUGAGCUAAAACCCAUGUCUUACCACCUCCUGAACACAGUGUUCCACGCUGUCGUCAGUGUGAUCUUCCUGAAGGUCUGCAGACUCUUUCUGGAUAAGAGGAGCAGUGUGAUUGCUGCUCUGCUCUUCGCAGUGCACCCAAUCCAUACAGAAGCAGUCACAGGUGUUGUAGGAAGAGCCGAGCUCUUAUCAUCUGUCUUUUUCCUAGCUGCGUUUCUCUCGUAUACUAAGUCAAAAGGACCAGACAAUUCCAUAGUGUGGACCCCGAUUGCAUUGACCGUGUUUUUAGUGGCUGUUGCAACACUGUGUAAGGAACAAGGAAUAACGGUUGUCGGAAUUUGUUGUGUAUAUGAAGUAUUUGUGGCCCAAGGGUACACCUUGCCGUUGUUAUGCACCGUUGCUGGACAGUUUCUCCGUGGGAAGGGCAGCAUUCCGUUUUCUAUGCUGCAGACAUUGAUAAAGCUCAUUGUCCUGAUGUUCAGUACGUUACUACUUGUUGUGAUCAGAGUUCAAGUUAUUCAGUCACAACUUCCAGUGUUUACAAGGUUUGAUAAUCCAGCUGCUGUAAGCCCAACCCCUACACGACAGCUUACUUUUAACUACCUCCUUCCUGUGAACGCUUGGCUUCUACUGAAUCCUUCAGAGCUCUGCUGUGAUUGGACCAUGGGAACAAUACCACUGAUAGAAUCAUUUCUAGAUGUUCGAAAUCUCGCCACUUUUGCUUUCUUUUGCUUUCUGGGGGCUUUGGGAAUAUUCAGUCUCAGAUACCCUGGUGACUCCUCAAAGACUGUCCUAAUGGCGCUUUGUUUAAUGGCGUUACCAUUUAUUCCCGCAUCAAACCUGUUCUUUCCUGUUGGAUUUGUUGUUGCUGAGCGAGUACUGUAUGUUCCUAGCAUGGGGUUCUGUAUUUUAGUAGCCCAUGGAUGGCAAAAAAUUUCAAACAAAAGUGUGCUGAAAAAGCUCUCGUGGGUUUGUCUGUCCAUGGUGAUACUAACCCAUGCCUUGAAAACACUUCAUAGAAAUUGGGACUGGGAGUCAGAAUAUACAUUGUUUAUGUCAGCCUUAAAGGUGAACAAAAACAAUGCCAAAUUAUGGAAUAAUGUGGGUCAUGCUCUGGAGAAUGAGAAGAACUUUGAUAAAGCUUUGAAAUACUUCUUGCAGGCUACCCAUGUUCAGCCAGAUGACAUCGGUGCCCACAUGAAUGUAGGAAGAACUUAUAAAAACUUGAACAGAACUAAAGAAGCUGAAGCGUCUUAUAUGCUGGCUAAAUCACUGAUGCCUCAGAUUAUCCCUGGUAAAAAAUAUGCAGCCAGAAUUGCCCCUAAUCACCUAAACGUUUAUAUCAAUCUGGCCAACCUUAUUCGAGCAAAUGAGUCCCGCCUGGAAGAAGCGGACCAGCUGUACCGACAGGCCAUCAGCAUGAGGCCAGACUUCAAGCAGGCUUACAUUAGCAGGGGAGAGUUGCUUUUAAAAAUGAAUAAGCCUCUCAAAGCAAAGGAAGCGUAUCUUAAAGCACUAGAGCUGGACAGGAAUAAUGCAGAUCUCUGGUACAACUUGGCAAUUGUUUAUAUUGAACUUAAAGAACCAAAUGAGGCUCUGAAGAACUUUAAUCGAGCUUUGGAACUAAACCCCAAACAUAAGCUAGCACUGUUCAAUUCUGCUAUUUUAAUGCAGGAAUCAGGUGAAGUUAAACUCAGACCUGAAGCUAGAAAACGGCUUCUAAAUUACGUAAAUGAAGAGCCACAGGAUGCUAAUGGCUAUUUCAAUUUGGGGAUGCUCGCCAUGGAUGACAAAAAGGAUUCAGAAGCUGAGUCUUGGAUGAAGAAAGCCAUCAAAUUACAGCCUGACUUCAGAAGUGCUUUGUUUAACCUGGCACUCCUGUAUUCGCAGACUGCUAAGGAGUUAAAGGCAUUACCAAUCUUAGAAGAGCUGCUCAAAUACUAUCCUGACCAUACCAAGGGUCUCAUUUUAAAAGGAGACAUUCUGAUGAACCAAAAGAAGGAUAUACCUGGAGCUAAAAAAUGUUUUGAAAAGAUACUAGAAAUGGAUCCAACCAAUGUGCAGGGGAAGCACAACCUGUGUGUUGUGUACUUUGAAGAGAAGGAGUUACUAAAAGCUGAAAGGUGUCUUGUGGAAACAUUGGCAUUAGCACCACAUGAGGAGUAUAUUCAACGCCAUUUGAGUAUAGUCAGGGAUAGAAUCUCCUCUUCUGGUAUUGUGGAGCAGCCACUGGCCCCAGUUGAUAAGACUACAGGUACAGAGGAGAGAGAUGAAAUCCCUUCUGAGGAUGUAAAAGAAAAAAGCAGUGAAUCCAGACCACCACAAAUUUUAAAAGCAAACGAUAACAGAAACUCUAAAUCCAACAAGCAAUCAACAGAAAAUGCAGACCAAGAUGCCCCCCAUAAAACAACAAAAGACAUCAAAGAAAUUGAGAAGAAAAGAGUUGCUGCUUUGAAAAGGCUAGAAGAGAUUGAACGUAUUUUAAAUGGAGAAUAAUACUAAUUCUGUGUCAUGUAACAAUGUUUGCAAGACCUUCAGUCUAUAUCAUGUGUUUGCUUGUUCUGGAGACAGAAAAAUGUCAAGAAUAUAUACUGGUUUUUCAGAAACUGUUUAAGAUCUUCUAUAUAGGAUCAAAAUGAGAGUUUCACUGAAGACCUACCUGUCCCAGGAUAUAUAUUUUAUAAGCUAGGACACAAAUUUUAAUUUGGAUGACUAAAAGAGAAAUCACAAAUUGCAGGUCACAAUUUGAAACUUUUAUUAUAGAAAGAAAAGGUGUGGGUUUAAUAUACAAAGCAAAGGGUGGGAGUACUGGUAAGUUUCUCCUAAUCUGAUCGAAAUAAUAUGUAUGGGGUGUAAGGAUGAAUCCUUGGAGAUGAGUCCGGAAUGUACUGGGGUUUGUGAAUUCCCAUUUAUUAACUCUUUUCAUUUUUCUUUACCUCUUUGCAUCCAGAAAUGGACAUUCUCUUUUCUUCAGUAAUUCUCAUAAACCAAGCGACAUUGUAUUGCAAAUGUAUACUGUGUUCUUUCAUUGGGAUUAGAAGGAAUGGUAGAAAAAAAAACAUUUUAAAGUAAAUCAUGUAUCACAUAGAUGACAUUUUAGGUUAGGAAUGCAUUUUGUCCUUCACUGUAAACUGUAAAGCAGGUGAAGCGUUAUACAUACACACUCCUAGCGGUGCUCACUGAUACUGUAUUCUCUCUCUCACUGAGAGUGCUCUGACAUAAGCUACAUUACCAUGACUACUCAUUGACCCUUGCUCCCCAAAGUGUUCUGCUUCUGACUUUAAGCUUUAGAGUAAUUAGAGUAAUCUCUUCCAUCUUAUUCUCUCUGGUUUUAAGUUAAAAUCAAUUUUCUGUUUCCAAACUAAUACCUUAACCAUUCUUACAUACCUAAGCCACUACACUCAGUUUUGUUUAACUGAAGGCAACACAAUGUGACAUUUACUUUUAAACACUAGAUUUCUUUUAUGGUAUAUAUUUUAUUAAGUAUUUAUUUUAACUACUGAUCUUUCAUAAAAAUUUUAAACAUUUAGUUAAAAUUGUUAGUUCCCUUGAGUUAACUAAUCUCUAAUUAUAUCUUAGAAACCAUAAUGUUUUCUAAGAAAUUUUUUAUAAAUAGGUCACAAGAAACAUGUUCUGCAUUAAAGACCCAUUCCUUUUAGUUUCCCAGAGGAUCUAACAUAGAUUUCUUUCUUUCUUUCUUUUUUUUUUUUUUAAGAUAUUUUAACUCUAGCACUAAAGCCAGUGGGUGUUAGUUCUUGACCCAGGAGAUUUUGGUAACCAUCAAAGCAGUAUCUUAUUUCGGUUUUUAGAGUGUAUCUUUGUGACUUCAGAGAUGGAGUGGAGAAUACCUCAUGUACUAUAACUUGAAGAUGAAGUUACUAUUCUCUCUGUAUAUCUCUAGAAAAGUUUUUGCUGAUAAUCACUACAAUGAAAAUUCUAAGUGGAGGACAGCUCAGUACGUAAAGUCAAAGGAAAACCUUUUAUGAUAGCAAGCAUAAUAAAAGUUUGAAGACUAUUUUAGUAAAUUUAUAUAGCUAGUCAAGUGAUUAGGAUAAAUAUUAAUAUCCAAUAAUUUUUAUAGAAAAACAUCUUUUAUUAGCACUCAUAAUAAUGUCUGUCACAAAAUACUCAUACUUGAAUUUUAAUUUAUUUAAAUCAAGUCCAUCUUGAAUAGCAAUUAUUAAUUAUUACCAAUCAAUGAUACCCAACCUCAUUUCAUAUUAGAAUCCCAUGGGAGCUUUUCUGAAAUUGAAUCAUGCUUCAGUCUUUCCCAAAACCUCUUUGAGUGAUUCUCAUCUAUAGUUAAGAGUUCAGGGCUACUGCUCUAAAUUAGUUCAGAAAAGGUCCUCUUUUUUUCUCCUGUGUUAAACUUGUAAAUUAGUAAUACAACCCAAUUAAUUUUUAAUGGCUUAAAUCCCACUAAGGAAUAUAUUCUAUUGAAAAUAUAAAUAGUAAAUUCUAUCAAACUUGGUUAUGGUCAAAUUAAUAUUUCUUAAGUCCGUGAAAUUUUAUUGAAACUAUUCAGGUGAGAAGAUACAAUAAAUAUCUCUACAUCCCCAGCUGCUUCAAAGCUGACAUCUUGAAGACAUGAGAAUGUAAACAUUUAAGCCCAGUUUACUAUCUUAUGGUUUAGCACUUUGGAUAUCUCAAUUAAAAAAACAAAAAAAACAAAAAACAAAAAACAAAACAAGACAUAUCACAGGAUUGUGUGCAGAUAUAAAAGGAUAUAGCUUAAUUUUCAACAUUUUACAAAUCUACUUGUCAUAAAUUCUAGCAAAGCUUUGACAAUCUUAUGUUUCUUCUUCACCACUCCUGGGAAAGUGGAGUUCAAUUCUAAAUUGCUACUAUAGUUUUUGUUUCCCUAUUAACAUUUAAAAUUGGGAGUUUUCUAAUUCUUCUAGUGAAUAGCCCCACUCACCAACCCUCCCCUUCCAGGCUAGGCCUUAUAAUGAUGCUCAAACAGGUCUGAACUCAAAGGCUCCAGUGAUCCUGUUGCAGUUCCCUCCCUGUGUGCCUGGGAAGACUGGCAUGUACGUCCUUGCCCAGUCCCAAUGUGAUUAUCUGACGUCAAUGACGUGGACAAUAAGAUAACUAGUUAUAUCACUUUGUUUAACGUUUUAUGUAUACUCUUAGGUAUUUCGUGUGUGAAUUACACAAUUCUAAUAAAAUAUGCCUUUCUUUACAUCUGAGUUUUCAACUUCAUGUUAUAGAAUGCUUCAAAGAUGCUUUAAUGAAAAUUAUUAAGAAUAUAUAGAUUUGUAUGUCAAUUUAUACUUCAAAAUCCAUAUAUUUGUCAUAUUUAUUUUUUUAUUUGCAUGGCCAAAUGAUAUUUAAAAUGAGCCCCUCCCCCACAAAUAUCUGGUAACUGUUAAAACUUGUCACUUAUCCAUAUUAAGGGUUCAUUAAAAAAUAGUUAAAAUUGUAUGCAUUUUUAUAUUACUAUGCUGUUUGUGUGUAUCACAUUUCUAAAUAUUCAUUAUUAAAUUGUUACUUUUUAAAACUUUCA